AUGGCAUCGCCUCCUCCUCCGUCCUCCGACCCGAAAGCAGCGGCGGUCAUGGGCUACCCAGUUCCUCAUCCUAAACAUGCACCCGACUUGCUUCACCGUCCUCCCCACCCGCCUCGAUCGCAUGCCCCUCGUUCCAAUCCCCAGCCACAAUGCAGCUGCAGAAUGCCCAACGAUUGGAAGUCCGACCUAUGGUUUAUUGGUGUCGUGGAUUCUUUUAUAGUACUAAUGGCUUUGGCCAUGUUCUGUUGUGUCCUCCUCGCUGGGGCUGAGUACCCCAUGUUAAAAGUCUCUGGGUUGACUGUGUCUAAUCUCACAGUCACCGCAUCCACCGGGGCUACUUGGAAAGCAGCCUUCUUGUUCGAGAAAACAGAUUUCGGGGACUUGUCCUUCAGCGAAGUAGAGCGCUUCGUCCAUUACCAUUGGGACGCAGCGCAACCCCUCGCAUCAGCGUCAACGGAGCCGUUCGUGUUGCGGUCUACCGAUAGAACUGUGAUCAAGGUGAAGAUAACGAUGGAGAAGUCACGGGCCGUAAUUGAGGACAUGGAUCGAGAGUGGAGAUCCGUAGGGACAGUGACCGUCGGAUUGGGCGUGAAGAUGCAGGGAACAUACGUGCUUGGUUCGUCGUGGAAAAGGAGCUAUGGUCGCAUCGAAGCAUACUGUGACGACGUAAAGGUCACAUUGGCAAAUUGCACAGGAGGUGGAAGUUUAAUCACUGGCAAUAAUUUAGUCGCCAGUAAUAAUCUACUUUCGUUCGAUAAUCUUCCGGCGUGUUCCUAUAAGGGUGUUGAUCUUGGGAACACUUUUUAG